AUGGCACAGUUGGCAAAAGCCUUUUUUCUCUCUCUAAGUUGUUUCAUCAGCUACAUGGAACCAGGAAACCACACUGAGAGUCCAGAAUUCAUCCUUCUGGGUUUUUCUGAAGAGGCAGAGCUGCAGCCCCUCCUCUUUGGACUGUUCCUCUCCAUGUACCUGGUCACCUUCACUGGGAACCUGCUCAUCAUCCUGGCCAUCACCACAGACUCCCACCUCCACACACCCAUGUACUUCUUCCUCUCCAACCUCUCCUUUGCUGACAUCUGUUUCACUUCCACCACGGUCCCAAGGAUGCUACUGAACAUCCAGAUGCAGAACCAAGUAAUUACUUAUGAAGAGUGCGUCACCCAGAUGCAUUUUUUCAUUCUUUUUGGGUGCUUAGACAACUUACUACUGACAGUGAUGGCCUAUGACCGGUUUAUGGCCAUCUGUCACCCACUGCAUUAUACUGUCAUCAUGAACCCAAGAUCCUGUGGCCUCCUGCUUCUGGCCUGCUGGUUGUUGACUUUUCUGGACUCUCUUUUACAAACUUUAAUGGUUUUGCGACUGACUUUUUGUACAGAAUUGGAAAUCUCCCAUUUUUUCUGUGAAGUCAACCAGGUCGUCCAACUUGCUUGUUCUGACACGUUCCUCAAUGACUUAGCCCUUCAUUUAACAACUGGACUCCUGGGUGUAGUUCCACUCACUGGAAUCCUUUUCUCCUACAUGAAGAUUGUGUCCUCCAUUUUGAAAAUUUCAUCAGCUGGGGGAAAAUAUAAAGCCUUUUCCACUUGUGGGUCUCACCUCUCUGUGGUCUCCUUGUUCUAUGGCACAGGUCUUGGGGUUUUUCUUGGUUCUGCAGUUAUUGAAAACUCCAGGGCCAGUGCAAUCGCCUCAGUAAUGUACACUGUAGUCACCCCCAUGCUGAAUCCAUUUAUCUACAGUCUUAGAAACAAAGACAUAAAGCAAGCCCUAAGAAAACUUUUCACCUGA